AUGGCCGCACCUGUCGCCACCGACGGCGACCUCAUUAACUUCGACAUAAUAGAAACCCACAAGGAAAACAUCCAAUCCCUCCCUGGCGGCCGCUCAGUCAAACAGCUCGCCUCUAUACUGUCACCCCUGCCUUCCUCCUCCAGACCAACAGGCGCAAACGCGACUCCGACUUUGGAAGAGACAAAGACACUGAACGACGCGAUCAGACAAGAAUAUGAAAUUGAACUCCAGUCAAUAGCAGACUCUGACGACCCUCUCGAUAUUUACGACCGAUAUGUCAAAUGGACGCUAAACGCAUACCCAUCAGCUCAAGCAACUCCUCAGUCCCAGCUCCUUCCGCUGCUCGAGCGAGCCACCAAGGCUUUUCUUACUUCGUCGCACUACAAAAAUGAUCCACGCUACCUGAAAUUAUGGCUGCAUUAUAUCCGCCUGUUUUCGGACACGCCUAGGGAGACUUUCGCGUUUCUCGCUCGACACGGGAUUGGCGAAGGGCUGGGCUUGUUCUACGAAGAGUUUGCGGCAUGGCUAGAGGCUGCAGGGAGAUGGAUACAAGCAGACGAGGUUUACAAGCUGGGGACUGAACGGGAGGCCAGACCGACGGAGAGAUUAGCGCGAAAAUACUCGCAAUUCCGGCAGAGGUUCGAUGCCAGGCCGCAAGUUGAUAAUGAGCCCAGCUCCCCUGCGCUGCCGACCGUUCGACCCGCUCUCGCAGCCAAGAUUGAUCCAUUCGCCUCCGCCCACCGCGGUGACGAUCCACAGGCUCGUCAGAGGAAUGGUUUGAGUGGCAGCUCCGCGUCAACGUCGCGCUCGGGCAAACCCAAGAUGGCCAUCUUCUCGGAUGCUGAUAGUGUUCAGCAGCAGCCACUGGCUUCAAAUAACACCAAGGGAUGGGAUACCAUUGGAUCAAUGAAGGAACGCAAGAAGGAAAACACCGUUGAAGCUCGGCCAUGGGCCGGGGAGAAAUUAAAGGCCGGGGGCAGGGUUGGAUCGGUGCCAAAGAUGGAGAUCUUCAAGGACCCGGCAUCGCGAGCACAGGGACAGUCCAAGCGAUCUUCAUCAACCCAAGACCCAAAACAACCGGACCAAGUUGUCAAUCCACGCACUGGUCGAGCGGAACGGGUCUUCGUAGAUCUGGAAGCCAUCUAUCCCCCUAUCGGUGACCAGGAAUUCAGUUUCGAAGAACUUCGAGCCAUGUUGAGAGGCUGGGCUGAAAUUCACUGGAGACCACGCAAAGACGCUACUUCAUUGAUGCCGGCCGGCGGGAACGCCGCCGCAAAAGCGACAUCGAAAAUCACCAAGUCCCGGGAACCAGAGGAUAUCGAGAAUCUCACUCACUCGUUCGCCAAUAAGAUCGAUCUGAACGGUGGUGCAAACUCGAGCCUCAGUGUUCACGAUGUGUCCACUCAAUCUAUAGUCGGCAUGCCCGAGUCUGAUUCUCAGUCGUCAAUCAAGCCGCCGAAACAGAAAGAGAAGAAGUUGAAGAUCAGAGAAGUCAAGCAAGAGACUCAGACGGUCAAGACUCGACUGGAAUCACCCACGGGCAAGAAGUUGAAGCGCAAAAAUUCAUCGCAGGAGCCAACCAUGACCUUCCACUCCAAGGCUGCCACGAAUGAGAUAUACGACAUGUUCAACCAGCCGCUCCGUAAACCAGCACUAGCCAGAGAAGAAACUCAGAGUGGUGAUGAUACAGAUUUCACCGAGGGUGAAGUUGAUGAUGGCUACAGUACUCCGGGUGAUGCUGAGAGCACAGAGACUGGACGAGUGUCAGCGCCUGGUAGUGAGUACGGUGACGAUACGUUGGCCUCGAUCAGAAGGAAUCACCCACAGAGUCAGAGCCAGACCGAAUGUGUCUCUCCCUGGUCCGACUUCACCACCAGCAAACACGUGCCGCGUCUCGACUCAACACACCUGGCUGGUGUCAAGGACAAAGCACCUUCAGCCAAAAAUCAGCGCAAAGUCAAACGUCGAGACAGGUCUGAGGACAUGACAGAGAGUAUGGACUCGUCCAGCCAAAACCCAACGCAGACUUCUGGUUUAGGGGGGUUUGACACGCAAGCGAUUGCUGCCAUCGCUGGAGGCAAUUUCGACGACCUAGACACCAAAGCCAUCGCCAUGAUGGCCGGUGACGUCGAUGAGGGUGCGACAGACGCGGGAGAUGUCGACGUUGAGCAAGACGUGACUGUGGAUACUUCCGCCAACCAAGGUAUACCAGAGGAGGAAGAGGCACAGCAACAGGAGGUACCUGCCAAUCACAGUGUCACUGAUGAUGAUGCUCUGGCUACUCCAGUCGAGAACGAAUUCCCUGAACACCGAGAGAUCCCACAUAAACCUCGAUUCAUCCCCAUCCCCCCUGUCGACUAUGAGCCGACCCCAAAUCGACCUUAUCGUGACCCAUCAAUGCUGGCACAGAACAAGAUGCCAUUCAUGACACCCAUCGCAGAGCGAACUGAAUCCUCAUUUGCUCCUUCGACUAUCUUCAACGCUCCCGGAUAUUUUGACUCCAAGACCCCUAGCAGGUCCCAGUAUAAGAGCCCAUCGAAAAUCGGUGUUGAGGAUCUUUUCCUAGGCAGCCCACACCAGCAAGUUGCGACUCCAACAUCUGCUUCUCUGGCGGCGAAGAGGAAAUAUGGUGCGAGCGAGGAUGAGGUGAUUACGCCCUCGCCGCAGAAGAAAGAUCCCAGCAAGACGACAGAUCUGAACUCCUUCCCUGUCGCUGCCUCAAACACAGCGGAAGACGCUUUGAAGAUUUCUGCUCUGCCACCUAAGCCGGUUGUUAGAUCGCCCUUGACAACGGUCCGUAAAGGUCCGAUUAUCCCGGACCUGCAAUGCAAUCCGUGUGACGACGCUGUUCGACAGCAGAUCCUCAGUUCGGUCUUUCCACCCCUAUCCACACAAAGGGGAUACCACGAUCAUUCGACUAUCACUUUUGGGCACUAUCCUGCGUUGAAGUCUUUUGCGGAAAAGCAGGCAAAGACAAAAGCUAAAUCCAGUCCGAGAAAGAGUCAGAACGAUAAAACCCCCAGUAAAGCGGUCCCUCCAGUCCUCAAAUUUGGUGACACAACUCGAGUCUAUGUGGUCAAGCGAGAACUGGGUGAAGGAGCAUUUGCGCCGGUGUAUCUGGUCGACAGUCACGACCCAGCCGAGAAUGAAGGGGCAGACGAGAACAAAGAGAACAAGAGCCCACCGUCAUGCCACCUUGCUCCGGCCCGCCAACCACUGGAAGCUCUCAAGACUGAAUCUCCUCCAGAUACAUUAGUCUGGGAAUUCCACAUUGUUCGUCUGGUCAGACAGCGUCUCGGCUCCGCCUCGCGAAGCAUGCAGUCCAUCAUCCUCGCUCACGAAUGCCAUCUCUACCACGACGAAGCAUACCUCGUCCUCUCAUACAGUCCGCAAGGUACGUUGCUCGACUUGGUCAACAUGGCGCGGACCGAGAACGUCAAAGCCGGCAAGCCGGCCGAGGGUUUGGACGAAGUAUUGGCAAUGUGGUUCAGUGUCGAGCUUCUGCGGACUUUGGAGGACCUUCAUCGCGUGGGCAUCAUCCACGGCGAUUUGAAGGCCGACAACUGCCUUGUCCGCUUUGAUACCGCGCUAGACGUCACGGCACCAUUCGAUCCGGAGGGAAAUCACGGGUGGCAGUCUCGGGGCCUGAAGCUGAUUGACUUCGGCCGCGGAAUCGAUACGCGCAUGUUCAAGCCCAACGCACAGUUCAUCGCCGACUGGCCGUCUUGUCCUCAGGACUGUACGGAAAUCCGCGAAUGUCGCCCUUGGAAGUGGCAGAUUGACUAUCACGGGGCUGCUGGCGUGAUCCACUCGUUGCUGUUUGGAAAAUACAUUGAGACGGUCCCAGCGGGAGGCAACACGCUGGCAGGACCAGGACAAAAGAAGGAAUGCAAAUUGAAGGAGAACUUCAAGCGAUACUGGGAGAAGGAUAUUUGGGGAGAUGUGUUUGCGGCCCUUCUGAAUCCAGGCUGUGUUGCCGAUGGGGAGGAGAUGCCAAUUCAGGGCAAUUUGAGGAGAGUGAGGACGACCAUGGAGAAGUGGCUUUUGGAAGAGGGAGAACGAGGCGGACGGGAUUUGAGGGCAAGUUUGAGACGGAUGGAACGGUUGGUAUGCGCAAAGUAG